AUGCAGAAUGCCGGCAGUGGCGAUGAUUUACUAGAGUGGUAUCCAUCACAAGUCAAAGGACCGGUUGAUGAUGAAGUUCAAGAAGCGGAUUUAAUCUCGACGAUUGAAUUCAACGAUGAUGGGAAUCUCCUCGCCGUGGGAGAUAAAGGCGGGCGAAUAGUGGUAUUUCAACGUGAACAACAAACGAAAACAUCGCCGCGUCGUAAUGAAUACAAUGUUUACAUAACAUUUCACUCACAUGAGCCCGAAUUCGAUUAUCUAAAAAGUUUGGAAAUUGAAGAGAAAAUCAAUCAAAUACGCUGGUUGAAAAGAAAAAAUGCCGCACAUUUUCUUCUGUCAACAAAUGAUAAAACUGUCAAAUUAUGGAAAAUUUCCGAGAAAACCAAACGUGCCGAAGGUUAUAAUUUACGCGAUGACAAUGGUACCGUUCGUUCAACAAAUCACAUCGUAAAUCUACGUAUACCAGUAAUCAAACCCAUGGAAUUAAUGGUUGAAGCAGCCCCGAAGCGUGUCUUUGGCAAUGCUCAUACAUAUCACAUUAAUUCAAUAUCACUAAACAGUGACCAAGAAACGUUUCUCUCUGCAGAUGAUUUGCGCAUUAAUCUCUGGCAUACCGAAGUAACCGAUCAAAGUUUUAAUAUUGUGGAUAUCAAACCACCCAACAUGGAAGAUCUUACUGAAGUGAUAACUGGUGCCGAAUUUCAUCCACGUGAAUGUAAUAUAUUUGUAUACAGUAGUUCAAGAGGUAUUAUUCGUCUUUGUGACAUGCGGCAGUCCGCACUUUGUGAUCGACAUUGCAAAGUUUUCGAAGAACCUGAAGAUCCGACGACACGAAGUUUCUUCUCGGAAAUUAUUUCGUCUAUAAGCGACAUCAAAUUCAGUCAUUCAGGCAGAUAUAUGCUCACAAGAGAUUUCCUUAAUCUGAAAAUCUGGGAUUUACAGAUGGAUAAUAAACCAGUCGAGACCUAUCCGAUUCACGAAUACUUACGAACAAAACUGUGUGUUUUGUACGAGAAUGAUUGCAUUUUUGAUAAAUUCGAAUGCUGUUGGUCGCCGCAUGAUGAUCAUCUACUUACGGGUUCUUAUCACAACUUGUUCAAAGUCACCUCACGUUCAACACGAAAAGAUGCAAUAUUCGAAGCUUCGCGUGAACAAGCCAUUCGACCACGACAAUUGUUAAAAGCGAAAAAAGUUCUGCCAUCUGCUCGUCGAACUCGUCGAGAUGAAAUCAAUCCGGAUAGUUUAGAGUAUCCGAAGAAAAUUCUUCAUUGUGCUUACCAUCCUACAGAUAAUAUUAUAGCAAUUGCUACUGCGCACAAUCUUUUUACAUAUGUAGCCAAGGAUUCGUCUUCAACGUUGUCAUCUUAG